AUGGCAUUCCGAAUCCCCGCCUUGGAUGUUCUUGAUGCUAACUCAUUCUUGAACUGUAAUGAUAUCUGGCCUGGAACUCCAAUUUGUAUCUACGGAAAGUCUCAAGUCACGGUCACUGUUCCUCCCGCCGCAUCAACCACGGUCGCAGGUAGUGGCACAUGCUGGACCAACUAUCGUUCGCACCCAGGAGACACUUGCAAGACCAUCGCCGAACGAUUCGGUAUGAGCCCUGAGGCAGUGUGGAAUGCCAACAAGUUCCUGGACUGCAAUAACAUUUGGGAUGGCACCCCUAUCACAAUCUGCGAUGGCGCUCGCACGAGAACGACCGUGGUCAAUUACACGACAGGAUUUGCAACAAAUGCUACAUGGACCCCAGUCCCAACUUGGUCGGCUACCAAUGCUACUUGGACUCCAGUCCCAACCUGGUCUGCGACGAAUGCUACAUGGACUCCAGUCCCAACCUGGUCCGCCUCGAAUGCUACAUGGACUCCAGUCCCAACCUGGUCAGCCACGAAUGCUACUUGGACGCCAAUCCCAACCUGGACAGCCACAAAUGCCACCACAACGAGGCGAACCUCUUCAUCUUCCGCUCCAAGCGCAACUCCCACUACGUGCUGGACGACAUACAUCUCCAAACCGGGCGACGAUUGCAAUUCCAUCUCCGAAGCCUUCCGUAUCACUUCCAGUGACGUUUUCGACGCCAAUACAUUCUUGAACUGCAACGACAUUUGGCCUGGAACACCCAUCUGCAUCUAUGGAAAGUCACAGGUCACGGUUACAGGACUCCCUCCUUCCACGCCCACGACUAUUGGUGGUGCGGUUUGCUGGACCAACUAUCGCUCGCAGCUCUACGAUACUUGCAAAUCAAUUGGUGCCCGGUUUGGAAUCACGGCUGAACAAGUUUACAAUGCGAACAAGUUCUUGAACUGCAACGAUAUCUGGGAGGGUACGCCCAUCGCAAUUUGCAAGUAA